AUGCAGUCAAGAUAUAGUGUGGUCAUAUCCUCCAGGAAGCUCAAGCGUCUGGUGUCAGCAGCUGAAGAGCUGACUCACGAAAUCCCCUCAUCCACUUCAGCUAAAGUGACCCCUAUACAGUGUAACAUCCAGUGUGAAGACGAGGUGAAGAGCCUGAUGGCCUCCACGCUGAAGCUUCAUCUGAGAAUUGAAUUAUUGGUGAACAAUGGAGGUGGACAGUUUUCCAGUCCAUUGAACUUGAUGAGUGCCAAAGGCCGGAAGGCUGUGAUUGACAACCUUUUUAUGAGUUUAAAUUUGUAUUUGGGUCAUUCCUACAAUUUGGGAGCAUCCAGGGCAGCGCUGGACAAUCUGACCAAGAGUCUGGCCAUUGAGUGUGCUUCCAGUGGGAUGGCAGUUCCAUCCAGUCCGGCUAAAAGAAGGAGUAUAUGUUCCAUAGGAGAUGGCAGCUAUAACCAGUUUAAAGAAUGUCUCGUCCGUGUGGAUCCUGUUCUGUAUCCUGACCUGGAAGAAUGCAAUGCAGAAGGACUAAGGCCCAUGUUUGCAGUAGCACACUAG